UUUUUGUGUACAUCUUCGAGUUGGUGUUUCACAUUGUAGUCGUUGGUUUUGAAGUGUUCUGGAGAGACCCUAGUAACAGGGUGCACUUCAUGGUUGACAUAGCCUCCGUUGUAAUUGUGGUUUUCUGGUUUCUUGAUGCCAGUAAUGUGGAGAGUUUGAGCUGGUUGCGAUUGAUACUUUUGCUUCAGCUCGUCCGACUUGUCGAAUUGUUUCGGUACUUCGAACGCACGAAACAACUCAUUGACACCAUGAAGUUUUUGUUGCCCGCCAUUAUGCCGCUUCUAAAGAUGGUGUUUUGUCUUCUCUCUCUCUACACAGCGAUUGGUGUCCAGUUUUUUGGCGGGAAACUUCAUCGUAACCAUCCUGCGGUUGUUGGCACAAUGUUCGCAAAGCUGGACUACUGGAGCUAUAACUACAAUGACUAUGUUGCCGGAAUGGUUCUUAGUUUCAACCUCAUGAUUGGGCGAGACUGGAUCGUCUUCGCAAAGGUAAUGAGGGUGUGGUCUGAUAGGUAAUGGGUUAAAACUUGAAAGGUUGUAUCCUUUGUGUUGCAUGGAUUCUUGUCCCAAAUGAACCGAAAGCCUGUGGAAGCCAUUCAACAAAAUGCUCAGGAGGUG